CCAUCCUGUGGUUUGAAGAUGAGUGAACAGAGGUGAGCAUGCUAACGUGCUUCUGAUCUGUGCAGGAGAGCCAGAGGGACUCAGCAGCAGCCGCCGGGUCUCUCCUCGGCAUCCCGGGCACCCCUCUGUUACUUGCUGUUUAUUUCCCUCCAGUGCCCCUCCCUCACAUUCAGUCAGUAAAUUUCUUUCCUUACAGCCUUGUUCAAAUGCUCCCUCUUCUCUGAGCACUUCCCAGAGAGCAGCACGGUGAUGCGUGCUGGAAGGUUCGGCUCUGGGGCCAUGGCGGAGGGUGUGUGCUCAACCCCUGGCUGCACCUCCUCCCCGCUCCCCUCUGCUCCCUGUGCUGUCACCUGAGCUUCGGGUCCUCCCUCGGCCCCUGGGAGGGGCGGGUGCAGGACUUGAACUCUUCUGCCCAGUGGUGUCCUUCACAAGAUGUCAUCCGUUUUUCUCUCCCCUGAGUGCCCAGCCCUUCUGUACAGGGAUUAAGACACUUGUUGAACAACUCCUGACUGGGCUGGGAACCGGGGAUCCAGGUCUGGUUAGGGCUCAUCCCGAGAGUGGGUGAGCCGCGCUGAGAUUCCGGGCUCCAAGGGGCAAGCCCUUCGGCAGGAUCCAGGCCGGGCUUCCCGAAGUGCUGCCCUGCUUCCCUGGCUCUGGGGGCAGUUGUUGGAAAAUGAGGUAGAAAGUUGGUUCUGUUUUUAGGGCCGUCUCUUGAAACACUUCUCUUCUGCACCACUAGGUGGGGGAAUGAUGUUACCAUUUUAUAUUUCUGAAGAAGAACAGACACCCAGCUGGUGAUCCUCUUCUGUUUAUUCAGUAGACUUUGACUGAGUGCCUGGUGAUAAACGUGGUUUUGAUGUAGUGGCUUCAGUGUUUCCCCAGCACGCCAGCACACGUGAUGCCACGGAAGGACCGGCGUCAGCCCAGGCUCGAGGCCUGUGUGCCCCUGCAGCGUUGUCCUACAGUUGUCCCAGCACCAUUUGUUGAAAAGACUUGUUCUUUCCCCAAUGGCUUAUGUUGGCCUCUUGUCAAAAAUCAAUUAACCAUGCAGGACAGCCGGCGCGCACGUGGACGAGGCGCUGUACCCCGCGGCCAGCACUAACGAGCACUUCCCGAGCCUAAUUAAGAGAAAACGCAAGUGUAUGCAGCCCAAAGAUUUUAUUCCUAAAACCCCAGAGAAUGAUAAAAGACUGCAAAAGAAAUUUGAGAAAAUGGCGAAAGCGCUCCAGCAGCAGAAAACAACUCUGGAUAACGAUGUGCCUGUUCUCUUAUUUGAAUCUAACGGCUCCUUGAUGUACAGUCCCAGCAUUAAAAUCUGCAGCGGCCGCUGCAGUGCAAUGCGGGAGAGGCUGCAGGAGAUGAAGGAGAAGCGGGAAAACCUUUCCCCGACCUCAUCCCAGAUGAUUGAAAGUUCUCAUGAUGACACCAUGAACUCUCCGUGUGAAGCGCCUUUGAACAUUUCACAUAAUACUUUGUGUUCAGAGGACUCCUGUGCUGGUGGUCUGCACUCGUCUUUCGAUGAUCUUUGUGGAAGCUCUCGACGUGGGAAUCAGGAGAGGAAAUUGGACAGAUUCGUGGAUGAAAUUAAAAGUGACACGUGUGUUUUGUCACCCAUGUUGAAAACCAGCAGUGCUCGUCCUUCAGCAUCUCCCUGCUCCCUCAGUCAGUUAACUCCUUGGAAACCUGCCGGCGACCUUUGCAGAGGAGGGACGCGCCAGCAGGAAGAGCCUGUGGGAGAGGUGACCGCGGCGCUGUCGGGAGGACCGUCUGCGGGGGGGUGUGAUGAGAAGAGGGGCUUGUCUCCUGCGUUACCAGCAACAGGAGGGCCCCCCGUGGGACGGUCACGACCCAGGAGUUCCUCAGCAAAGAGAAAAAGGAUGUCGGAGAACCCACAGCCCCCUCCUGUGGAGACACUGAAGACAAAGCGGCGGCGCAGGGAGCCGGCCGCACCCAGGUUGCAGCCAUGUGCAUCGGAAAGUGGCCUGCAGUUCGUGACCAGAUCUGUGGUCCAGACUCUGGACUUCGGGGAGUCCCCGUACGAUGAUUACUUUUCUCCUGAUAACCUUCAGGAGAGGAAUUCAGAGAAUCUUCCUCCUGGGCUCCUGGCGGCCUCCAGCCGGGCUCAGCUCCACUGCAGAAGAAACCUUUCUAAGAGAGAGAGAACCAGUAUCUUGGAAAUGUCUGACUUUUCCUGCAUCGGCAGAAACCCCAUGUCAGUCGACGGUGCCCAUUUAACAGCAAAAACCGGCCCCAGCCUUCAGAAGCCCGUCAGUGACAGAGCAGAGACGGCUUUGCGGUGCUUGGUGUCUCAGGGAAACCCUGCUGCUGGAGAGACCCCAGGGUGCUGGUCACAGGCCGUGGCUCAGAGCGGAGGGGACGGACACCUGGGUGGGCGAGACUUUCCCACCAUCCAUGGGCUCGCUCCUCAGAAGGAGCACCCAGGGCCAGGACAGCAAGGCGAUUUACUUCCUUUGAAAGGCAGCAGUGAGGAAGUGCAAGGAUCGAUUGAUGCAGAAAGCGUACAGAGGGAAGAUACUCCUCAGACACUGACGUCCUCUGAAGGUGGAACACAAAGUGAUUGCCAGCUAAGCUCUGUGGGUGACUGUAAUGCGGAGACGUCUGCGGAGAGAAGGGAGAACUUGCCCAGAGGACAGAGUGAAAGUGUUAAAAGUGGACCAACAAGGCACGAUGUCUUGGAUGGCUCAUGGGAAGGCCUGACGGACCUCAUCAGACCUCACAAGGAGUCGAAGGAAAGAGAGACAGGCCAAAAGCCAACAAGAACAUUAGUCAUGACGAGCAUGCCAUCUGAGAAGCAGAACGUCGUCGUCCAGGUGGUGAAUAAACUGAAGGGCUUCUCCUUGGCCCGGGAGGUGUGCGGCAGCACCACGCACGUGCUGGCGGGGAAGCCGCGCCGUACCCUGAACGUGCUGCUGGGCAUCGCACGAGGCUGCUGGGUCCUCUCGUUCGAGUGGGUACUGUGGUCUUUGGAAUUUGGCCAUUGGAUUUCCGAGGAACCGUUCGAACUGUCUAACUGCUUCCCUGCAGCUCCUCUCUGCCGCCGGGAGCGCCUCUCGUCUGCCGGGCUGUACCAGGGAACCCUGUUUGCCGAUCAGCCGACCAUGUUCAUCGCCCCGGGCAGCAACCCGCCCAGAGCCAAGCUGUGGGAGUUGGUACUGCUGUGCGGAGGUCAGGUCACUCGGGCCCCUCGCCAGGCCAGCAUCUUCAUCGGACCCUCCCCGGGAAAGAAGAAGGCCACCAUCCAAUACCUGUCGGAAACGUGGAUCUUAGAUUCAGUCACUCAGCACAAAGUCUGCGCCGUGGACAGCUACCUGCUGCAGUGACGCGGACGUCACUCAGCCCGCGGCUGCUGCCAGCUGGGAGGACGGGGCAGACGCCGGACGGGUGCCCUUCCUACUGGCACGUGUCCGCCUCGCACGUGUGGUGCUUUUCCUAUGAGGAAGCUUCUCUGCGUGACUGUCUGAUGCCCGAGUGUCUCAGGGAAGCGCUGACCAGCCCUGUUGGGCCCUUUCUAGUAAUGCCAGUCUGUGUGUCUUAGUGAUGACGUAAUGAAGAGGUCACGACCUUUGUCGUUGAAGCUCCGUACUGUUAAAUAAAGGGUAGGAAUUAAAUUGUUUUAUUACUGAGAACAAAGAAGCCCCUAUGUUUCUUGGUUAGGCUGUAAGAUCGUCAUUGACCCACCAGCUACUAGUGUGCAGGACGGCAGCCAGUCAUCUCUUUCUGUGCCUGCGACUCACCGAGGACAGCCGUGAGGAGCCGCACUUAACGAUCGUUCCUGCCCUGGAAGUAGCCCUGCUGCUCUGAGCUCAGUUUCUGGCGAGAGCGCAUCACCGAGCAGAGGGCAGGGCUUCCGUCGGCCGCCAGGAUGUCGCCGUCCCCCGGAGGAGAUGACGUUCCGACCAAAUCAUACACACGCUGACCGGUCACUUUCUAAGGGACAGAAAUGCUAAGUCCCAGCGAGGCUGCGGGUCCCACUGCGACUUCCUCAAGGUGCUGUCCCCCUCCUGUUAGCCAUCUCAGCUGCUGUUUCUGCGCAAAGAAACAUCAGGUCCCUCCGCAAACACAAGGGAUCAACUUCCAGAGCAAAUGCUCGAGAAAGGAGGCAACUGCACGAGGGAAGGACGCAGGGCUUCCUCUCGGUGUCGGUGUGACGCGUGCCCCGCCCGGACGCCGAGGGGAUCCACGCCCAAGCGCCGCUGAGCCUCCGCACGACUCGGCAGGCGCGGCUGCACCCCUCCCACCGCGGGAAGCCUGUCGCGCUGCACCCGCGGCGUCCGGGGCUUGGCUGCGCGGAAGCUCGGGUACCUUGGCAGAGCCCCCAUCACACCAAAACUCUUGCGGCGGCCGACGGCAUUGUGCUGACCUGCGCUGGGGACAAGCCAUGAAGAACUCCCAUCCCCGCCACGCUGGCUGUGGAGGACAGGCCCUCCCCCGCCGAGGGGCCACCAGGGCCGGCAUCCUCAGAGCCGAGUCCCAGCUCUCGGCGCCGGCCUGCCGGAGGCCGGGCAGGAUUCUCUUUCUAAAAGCUAAUAUUUUAUCAGGAUGCUGCUGCGAGUCGGGCUCUACACUAAGCAUUCUCCAUGUGGUGCGUCAUUUAACCCCCCCCCCCCAACAAUUCUCACAGUUAGUUAGUACAGGUUUGCAGUCUCUCACCCAAAACACACAGGCCUAAGGAGUUCCUCGGGACUCUGAUCUUUUUUUUUGUUUUUUUUGAGUUUUGAAAGGUAUCUGGCCCUCACCACUUCUGUUCAACACUGUGUUGGAGAUUCUAAGGCCAGAAAAGGAAUUAAAGGCAUACAGACUGGAAAUGAAGACGUUAAACUAUUCUCAGAUGACAUGAUACUAUGUGUAGAAAAUUAUAAGGAAUCAAAGAAAAAGUAGAAUAAGCACAUUUAGCAAGAUUACAGGAAACAAAAUCUAAAUACAAAGCUAACCAAAUGUAUUUCUGUACACUCUCAGUAAACGGUUCAAAUAUGGAGUUAAGCAUACCAUUCCGUUUGCAAUAUCAUCUAAAGAUAAACUGAACAAAUACAUUUAACAUAAGAAGUGUAAGAGCUGUAUACUGAAACCUACAAAGCCCUGCUGAGAAAAGUUAAAAAUCGAAAUGGAGAAAUACGCCCAGGCCAUGGAUUAGAAGACUCAGUGUUGAUGAGAUGGCUGUUUUCCUCCAAAUGAUCUAUAGAUUCAAUGUAGUCAAUCAACAUACCAGAUGGCUUUUUACACAACUUGAAACACUGAUGCUGAAAUCUAUAUGAAAAUGCAAAGAACUCCUAGUAGAAAACAUAAUUUUUUAGUAAAAGAAUAAAGUUGGGGGAUUUAUACCACCUGGUUUCAGAACUUACUGGCAUAGAGGUAGAAUGUAGAUCAAACGCACGCAUCAUCCUGUGAAGGAGGCCUCUUAGCUUACAUUAUAGCUGUGGCUUGAGGGGCAGGCUUCUAGCUAAACACACAUGUCCAGGGACGUGCCAUGAUUCUCUCCAGAGACCGCACAGGCCAGCGGGCACCAUGUUGGUUCCCUCCCUCCGCCUCACUUCAUCUUCUGAGCUCUCCCGGAACAGAGCUUGCAAGUUCACCCAGUGGCCCACUGCCUGUGGCUACUGCCCUUGAUAGCCCGGCUCUGGUGGCUGGUGGGGCUUUGCAUUCACAGGAUCAAUACGACAGCAGCAAAGAGCCAGGUCUUAACUGAUCAUUGCCCCAGGGCUCAGUGCAAAGGCAGCAGACAGAGAUGCCCAUAUCCCAGUCUGCCCUUUGAAAGAGGGGUGUAUACGUACUCUAAAGCUGCUUCCUAAGGGUCUGACUUCCAAUCACCAAGAUCUUGGUGCUGACUGAGAUCUUCCCCUUUGGGAAACCAACAGAUCUUGACAUACCCUCAACUCCUGGGAGCCGCUAAAAAUAAAAUAGGCUUCUUGAGUAAUCACAAAGGUUUGAGUUACAACCAAGAGCUGGCAGGGUUGAAUGAGAAGGUUCGUCACACGAGGACGCUCCCUCAAGAACAGGGCGGGAGGAGGCUGAAAAUGUCUCCGAACUAGGGAAGGAGGGAGACAUCCAGACCCAGGAAGCCCAGAGAGCUCUAUGUACGACGAACUUAAAGAGACCCGCACCAAGACACAAUUUAAUUAAAUAGUGAAAAGUUAAAGACGAUAAAUCUCAAAAGCAGCUAAGAGAAAAACAAUGUGUUACAUACAAGGCAGUCCCCAUAAGAAUUGUCAGCAGAAACAGCAGACCAGAAGGAAGAGGCACGCUCGUCAAAACUCUGCAAGAAAACAGUGCCAGCCAAACAUGCUCUAUCCAGCAAAGGCACUCUUCAGAAAUGGAGAGAGAGAGAGUUUUCUAGACAAGCAAAAGCUAACAGUUCAUCACCACUAGACCAGGCUUUCAAGAAAAGUUAAAGGGACUUCUUUAAGCUGAAAUGGGAGGGUGCUCGUUAGUGACAGCAAAAUGUAUGAAAAUAUAAAUCUCACUGGUAAAGGUGAAUAUGUAGUAAAACUCAGAAAAUCUAAUGUUGUAAAAUUAAGGUUUAUCACUUAUAAAGCUAAUAUGAAGAUUAAAAGAUAAAAGUGGUAAAAAAAUACUAUAACUACAAUGAUUUGUCAAGGGAUAUAGAAUAUAAAAAGAUGCAAAUUGUGAUAUCAAAAACAUAAAAACACAAAAAGUGGUGGGGAAGAGUAAAAAUGUAGAGCCUUAUAAUGCAUUCAAACUAAAAUUGUAAUCAGCUUAAUAUAUAUUGUUAUAAACAUAAGUUGUUUUAUGUAAGCCUCAUGGUAACCAAAAAGACAAACAGAGUAGAUUCACACAUACAUACAUAAUACAGGAAUCUAAGCAUACCCCUUCAGAAAAUCAUGUCACAGAGGAACAGAGCAAGAGAAGAAGAAAGGAACAAAGGAAUUACAAAAGAGCCAGGUGGCAAUUAACAGGAUGGCAAUAAGUACAUACCUAUCUACAAUUACUCUGAGUGUAAACAGAUUCAAUUCUUCAGUCAAAAGAUGUAGCAGAGCUGAAUGAAUAAAAAACCAACACCCAUCUUUAUACUGCCUACAAGAAACUCAUUUUAGCUGUAAGGACAAACACACACACUGAAAGAGAAGGAAUGAAAGUGAUAUUCCAUGCAAAUGGACACCAAAGAAACCUGGGGUAGCUAUGCUUGUAGCAGACAAAACAGACUGUAUGCCAAAGACUGUAAGAAGAGUCUUUAUCAUAUAAUGGUAUAGCAGUCAAUCCAUCAAGAGGAUAUAACAUUGCAAAUAUGUAUGCACCUAACAAAGGAGCAUCUAAAUAUACAGGGCAAAUAUUAACAGAUCUAAAGGGAGAAACAGACAGCAUUACAAUAAGAGUGGUGAACUUUAAUACCCCACUUUUAACAAUGGAUAGAUCAUGCAGACAGAGAAUCAUGAAGAAAACGUUGGCCUUCAGCAACAUAUUACACCAGAUGGACUUAACACGUAUGUAUAGAACAAUCCAUCCAAAAGCAAGAGAGAGACAUUCUUCUCAAGCAUACACGGAAAAUUCUCCAGGGUGGGGAUCAUAUAUUAUGGCACAAAAUGAGUCUCAAGGCCAAAAUCACAUCAAACGUCUUUUCCAGCCACUAUGGCAAGAAACUAGAAACCAAUUACAAGAAGAAAACUGGAAAAUUCACAAAUUUAUAGAGAUUAAACAACAUGCUAGUGAACAACCAAUAAGUUUAACAAGAAAUCAAAGAAAUUUUUUUAAUUGAGACAAAUGAAAAGAGAAAAAAUACCAAAACUUGUGGUGUGCAGCACUAACAAAACUCAUGGUUUGCAGUUCGUAGUGAUAAAUGCCUACAUUACGAAAUAGGGCAGAUCUCAAAUAAACAACCAACAUUUUUACCACAGGGAACUACAAAAAUAGGGGCAAACAGCCCAAGAUUAGAAGGAAGAAAAUAAUACUUACAGAGCAGAAGUAAAUGACAUAGAGAUGUAAGAGACAACAAAAAAGAUCAAUGAAACUGAGAGAUGAUUUUUGAACAGAUAAGCAAAAUAGCCAAACUUUUAGCUAAACUAAGAAAAAAGAAGACUCAAAUAAAACCCAAAGUGAAGACAUCACAACUGACAUCACAAAACACAACGGAUCAUAAGAGGCUACUCUGAACAAUUAUAUGCGAACAAAUUAGACAACCUAAAAGAAACAGAGAAAUCCCUAGAAACAUACAACCUAUCAAGACUGAGUUAGAAAGAACCAGAUAACAAUCUCAUUAUUGGUAACGACAUUGAAUCAAUAACUUAAAACCUCCCAACAAAGGUUCAGAACCAGAAGGCUUCACUGGUGGAUGCUAUCAAAGAUUUAAAGAUUUAAUAACAACUCUUCUCAAACAUGUACCCAAAGAUGCUCACUGCAGUCUAUACUGCAGAGAAGCUGGGAACAAUCAAACAUUGAACAAUGUGGAAGUUAUUGAGUAAGUUAUGUAGAAGCCUAAUGAAAUGUCGGGUAGCUGUUAUAAUUAUGGAGACUGAUACAGUACAGGAACUGUUUAUGAUAUGAAGUAAAAAAAACAGGAAAUUGCAUUUAGACUACAAUCAGAAGGCAGCAAAAUCACACACGUAUAGUGAAAACACAGGAAGGUAACAGACGUGAUUUGAGUCUGGUAGCAGGACUGUGAUUAAUUUCUUUGAUAUUUGUUUGUAUGUUUGUUCAGUAAUGUUACCAACCAUUUUGAAAAGAAAAAUUCAGGCACCUACCUACUCAAAACCAAUUGUCCUCGAAGCCUCCUGCACACAGCGGUCUGCAUGCUGGGUUUUGGCUAUCUCCUGUUUCCACAUGUACACGUUAACCCAAGCUUCCUUGGUUGAGUUAAACAUCCAAGGCCUGAAUUUCCUCCUCUCUAAAAUGAGGGUACAAACACCUGCUCAGAACUCCUCUAGGGGGUCAAGUCUCUCAGAUCGUAAAGCUCUUUGCAAACCAAAAUCCAAGACCCCAUCAACCUCUUAUCUCCCCUGCCCUCCCUCCAACUUGGUCUGUCUUCCUCUCCUUCAUGUCUCUUUGUUCCUUCAUUUUGCUUUUCUAUGUUCAGCUCAUUCUGUGUACCUUCUCUUCCACUUCAUUUCCCCUUUCCUUCUUGGAGGUCAGAAUGGGUCUCACAGGCUUCCCAUCAAGGUGUGGCCAGGGAUGCAGCCCCCUCUGGGGGUUCCAGGUGCUCAACCAUCACCUGAGGGAUUAGAAACUUGAUCAGGUAUCAAGAGUGUAGGUUCUGAUUAAACCGGCUUUGCAGGGUUCCUGCUAAACUGGAUUUACAAGGUGACCGAUGGCCUCAGAGCCGGUUCAGGAGACUAGCGUAAGUUUGCCCAAGCAAGGAGUCCUUGUCAGUAGUCAUGGUGACUCCUGUCUGGAUACCUAGAGCCCAGGAUGAAGGUCAGGUGAGAUGAGGCCCCUCUGAAACAGCCCGGGCGCAGACGCAGCUCAGUUCGCACUGUUCAGGGAGUCGCAUCUUCCCCCAAACACACGUCAGAGCACCAGCUGAUAGGAAUUCCCAGCACGGAUUAGGACACGCUGCUCGGCCAAAAGGCCUCACUCCAAACAACUGAAACGCUAAAGAAAUAGAAAAGGCUUUGCUUACAACUAUCACGUGCUUGGCAAUUAUUUAACCUUCUUGACCAAACUGUAAGAAGGAAAUGUAUCUAUUUUAAAGUGACCUGUGGUUAUAAUUAAAGAUCUGUGUUUCCCUUCCCUCAA